ACAAACAUGGCGUCGCCGGAGCGGAACCAGGAGCGUGAAUGGCUAAAGAGUAAUAUUAUUAGCCAAGAGGAUGGAGGCAAAAAAUCUGCGCCAAUAUCGUUCGGCUUUAGUAAAACACUUAGUAAGGUGAAACCCGUAAAGGCAGAAGAGCGAGAUUUUUUAACUGAAGUCGAAGGAAGGAACUCAAAGGGUGACACCAAACCGGUGGAGAAACCGAAGGAGCUGAUCAUCCCGCUGAUCCAUAAGAACCGCUGGAACCGGCUGGAUGCGGGGAAAGAAGACAAGAGCAGCGAAGGAACGACCAAAGAUCCGUCUCAGGAGGUGGACACGGUGGAAUCACAAGCUGUCAAAGAACUCAUAGAAGAGUCUCAACGGUAUCAGGAGAGAUGGAAGAACGAGCCACAGUCAGAUCCAAACUUUGCCAUUCCUCUUCUCAUGCAGAACCAAGCCCCUCAGGGUUUUGAGGAUGGAGACAGAGUCAACGUGGAAUUGCGACCAGAGUCGUCCACAGAGGCAGACUAUGACAGUGUUCCAGUGGAGGCUUAUGGGAUGGCGAUGCUGAAGGGAAUGGGCUGGAAGGCAGGAGAGGGAAUCGGACACACAUUUAAACAAGAUGUGAAGCCCAUAGAGCAUCAGUUAAGGCCUAAAGGGCUGGGUUUGGGUGCUGAUCGCUCUUCUAUUAAAGACCUAGAGCCUGGUCGUCCAAAAAGGCCCCCUAAACCUGGUGAUGAGAAGGGGGAGGAAGAGGAGGCUCUGGUCCUGGGACCUGGAGGAUGUGUGCUGGUCCUGGCAGGGGCACAUAAAGACCUAUAUGGAAAAAUAGAGGGAUUGGAUCCAGAUAAUGCCAGAGCUGUAGUCAAACUUGCCAUUGGCGGCAAGACGGUGACCAUCAUUCAGCACUCUUUAAAACUAGUCACCCGCAAGGAGUACGAAAAAUACAGCAAAGACUUAAGUCGUCUUGGCAAAGCACACAAAGACAAAGAGAGAGAGCAAGAACGAGAACAGCAGUUAAACGGCAAAGAUGAGAGAGGAAAAACAGAUCGGGGCAGAGAGAGGGAGAAGGACAGAGACCGAGAUCAGAAGAAAAGAAAACACAGAGAAUCAAGUGCGGACAGAGAUAAACCACCCCCGACAAAGGAGUCCCGGCCCUCCCCCCCAGCCCCGUCUUGGCUGCAACGGGACCUCCGUGUGCGUUUCAUAGAUAAAUCAUUCAAAGGAGGCAAAUACUACAACUCAAAGAUGAGAGUUGAGGAUGUCCUGGCACCCCACACCUGUGUGUGUCGUACAGAAGAGGGCAGACUGCUGGACGAUGUUAGACAGAAGAUGCUCGAGACCAUUGUGCCCAAGCACGACUCAGACUUCAUUAUGGUGGUUCUUGGAGAACACAGAGGACAGGUGGGCCGCAUCUUGAAGCGAGACCGAGAGAAGUGUAGAGUCAUGGUUCAGCUGGACCGUUAUGAAGAACAGGUGUUCGCUCUCGACUAUGACGCCAUCUGUCAUUAUGUGGGUGGAACAGAGAACUGAGAAGUCUUUUGGAAGGCACAACACAUCUUUAUCCUCCAAUGCUCUUAAUUUAAACCUGUUCUGUUGCUGACUUUAGUCACCAUUGGCUUUUUCCUACAUUGUUAGUGACCAAUAUAUCAGAUGUAGUCACAUUUUUAAUACAACCAAUACUUAAUUUAUUUUGUUAUUUGUGUUGUAUUUUUAAAGGAAAUCUUAGACCCUAAUUUGAACACAAUUUCUGUCUUUUGAUACAGAUUGGGAGAAAACAUUUGCAUAUUUUGUGUUAAGAAGUGUGAGCGGGAUCAAUUAAAACAUUUGCCAUUUUUCACACUGUAUAUUAAAAUAAUGAACACCUACAUAAGUCAUCCUUGUAAUUGUAAUAUAGUAGUGUCUGCUACCAGUUUGUGGAAAAAUGUGAACAUUAUUUUUUUUAAUAUAUGUUUCAGCCCAAUGUGAUAAGGGAAAAGAGAAUCUUGGAUAGUAAACUUUCCCUCCAGUGUUUAGUUCGUUAUGGUCCAAUAAAGAUCCCAAUUUCUUGUCAUACAGUUUAUGUAAAAAGUUACGCACGAAGCCGCAAGAAUCUGUACGUGUUA